GUCCAGCGCUUCCUGAAGGAGCAUCCCGAGCGCAUGCUGCGCGACGGAAGCCCGACGCCAACUGUGAUGCCGUACUUCGACCCGGCGCUGAAGCGGAACGCCAAGCCCUAUCGACAUUUUGUCGCUGACCUGCGGCGCCGCGGCCUGCUGAAGUGGACGCGCCGCCCCCGCUGCCAGGUGGGCCUCUUCUUCGUGGAGAAGGGCAACGGGAAGCGGCUGCGCCUCGUCCUGGACGCGCGGCCUGCUAGCGAGCUCUUCGAGGCCCCGCCAGGCGUGGGGCCCCUCUGCGCGGAGGGCCUCGGCCGCGUGGAGUUUGCCUUGCCCGAGGGCAUGGGCCCCUGGAUCCCGGAGGCGCAGCAGCUCCUGCGGGGCUUCAGCUCCACUUGGCACCGCAUGCGACUCCCGAGCUGGCUCACCAAGUACUUCUGCCUCCCCGAGGUCACCGCCCUCGCCCUGGGCGUCGAGAACCAGCUCUGGGAGGGCCGUCCGCUGGAGCGGCAUGACCUGCUGAGCCCCUGCUGGGGGGUCUUCCCGAUGGGCUUCACCUGGGGCCUGUGGGCAGCGCAGCGCAUCGACGAGAGCAAGGUGAUGGAGAUUCGCCGCCCGUGUGUGGCGCGGCGGACCCUGUUGGCCAUGCUGCCCAUUAAUUGCGUCUACGUGGGCAACCUUGGCGUCGCCUCUACCUCGGAGCCCUUGGUCUCCGACGCCGCGCAGCAGCCCGUCCGUGGCUUCGACGAGCAGGGCUCGCUUCUUCACGGCAGCUCCGUGAGCAUGAAGGCGAUCAACGGGUUACUUCGCAGACGUCGUCUGACUGGCUGGGCCGUGGAGGUCCUGGUGGGCCACUGCACUUACGCUGGGCUGCUGGCGCGCGGUGCCCUCGGCGUCUGUCGCGCCGAGCCCGCGGCGCUCUGUCCGGAGACCCGCGUGGAGCUGGAGGUGUUUCGAGGCCUGCUGAUCUUCUUGGAGAGCGACUGGACGCUGCAGUGGAGAGAGCUGGUGGUGGCCACCGACAGCAGCUUGGAGGCAUGGGCAGCGCCUGCCACCCGCCGGCCCCGCAGCAUGGUGGCCGAGGCGGGCCGCGUGCAGGACGGGGCCCGCUUCCGCGAGGUCGCUGCUGGGCCGCUGGCGGCUGAGGGCGGUGGCCUCCCCGCAGCCCGCCGCGGGGCCCGAGAGGCCGCGCUGGUGGCGGCGGGCUUCUGGCGGGGCGUCGGCGGCGAGUGGCGGCUGGCCGGCGCGGGCGCCGACGCGGAGCUGGCCGCUGCUUGGGGGGCCGACCCAGGCGUCCCAGUGGUGCCCGUGGCGGGGCUUGCGAGCAGCCGCUGGCGCGCAAAGCACGUGCAGCGCCGGAGGUUCGAGGAGGGCAUCCUUAUCAAGAAUGCCCGAUCGCUGGCGAUGGGCCCCCGUCGCGUCGCCCAGUCAGUGUUCGGGGCUGCCUGUCGGCAACUGAUUCUGUCGGAUCACGUGUCAAUUGUGCUAUCCUUUAACUGGAGUCCAGCAAAGAAGUUCGCCCUUCUCGUCCAGAUCCGCAGCCAUCUGACCCUCGGCCCGCCUCGCGUGCGGCGGCGGGAGCUUGCGCGGGCGGAGCUGCUGCCCGCGCCCUUGCCCGCGGCCGAGCGGAGGCGCCAGCUGGAGCCACUUGCGCAGGCGCCGGCUGGGGCGAGGCUCCCGCAGCUGCCGCGGCCUGCUCCGACGAGCGCAGGGCUGACUCCGGCGCCGCGCCGCCAGAAGACGCUGUCGGCGGCCCAGCGGUCGCGGGACUGGAAGGCUCGCCUGAGCUUGGCUGCGCUGCCGCCGACGCCUCGGCUCCCAGAGCGGGGCGCGGACCUGCCGGCACUCCCCCAGGACUGGCGGCGCCAGAUCGUGGCCGACAGCGACGGCGACAGCAGCACCUCCGACGAGCAGCAGGUCGUGCAAGCCGGCGAGAGGCGCGAGAAGGAGCUGCUGAGGCGCGCUGCAAAGAGGAAGAGGACCUACGGAGCGGAGGCGCUGCAGGACAGUGCAGCGGCGGAGGGCCAGACCUUUCUGAGGCGACGGUCCGUGUUUGCACCCGCGCGGAGGCGGUGCGGUCUGGAGCUGGACGCCUUCCUGGAGUUCGGCGACGCGGAGCCGCGCCGCCCGUUGCGCUCGCCCGCGCAGGUGGACGAGGCCCUCGUGGACUACAUGAACGCGUUGGUCUUCAGCGGCCACGAGUCGUCGAAAGGCGACCAGGUGAUGGCGGGCCUCAUGUACAGGUUCCCAGGGUACUCGAAGCAGGGCGAGUCCAAGCUGGCGCCUGGGCGGAGCCGCCGCGCCUGGCCGCUGGCCCUCUGGCGCGGGCUGGCCUGGCGCAUGGUGGCGCGUGGGGCGCUGCAGAUGGCCGUCUUCCUGCUCACCAUGGUCUCGGGCUACUUCCGACCCAGCCACCUGCUCUUCUUGCCGCGCGGCGACAUCAUCGCGCCUGCGCCAGGAGUGCGCCGCUGGUGGUCGCUGCUCCUACUCCCGGACAGCAAGCCGCUGCGCAGCAUGACGGCUCUGGCAGGCGUCGGAGUGAUGCUGGACAGCGGCUGGUUUCAGUGUGUCACGCCCAUCUUCCGCCGGCUCGCGCAAGGGGCUCCAGAAGAAAAGGUGUGGGACUUCAGUUGCCCUCAGUUUCUGGAGAUGUUUCGGAUGGCGCUGCAGGGCCUGGGUGUCGAGCAGUCCAUUUUUCCUUACCAGGCGCGGCACUCAGGUCCGAGUAUAGACGUGGCCAGGCACUGCAGAACGCUCGAGGAGAUGCACAAGCGGGGGCAGUGGAAACAUUCCAAGUCGAUGCAGAGGUACGAGACGGCAGCUGGGCUCGGGCAGUCGUGGAGCUUGCUGCCGGCCUCCCUGCGCGACACUCUGAGCGAUUGCGAAGGUCGACUCGAGGACAUACU